GUGGGGCGGGCCGAAUCCAAUGAGGGAGGCGCUGAUUGGCUGGCAGGCAGUCCCCCUUCCCCCUCCAGCCAAUAGGCGCGCGGGAUGCUGCGCCACACAUGAAGCCGGGCAGAGGAGCACGAUGUUCCUGGUCGGCCUCUCGGGGGGAAUCGCCUCUGGGAAGAGCACGGUGGUGGCUGUGCUGCGGGAGCUGGGCUGUGCUGUCAUCGAUGCCGAUGUUAUCGCCAGGCAGGUGGUGCAGCCCCACCUCAAGGCCCAUCAGCAGAUAGUGCAGCACUUUGGCACCGAGAUCCUCCUGGAGAACGGCGAGAUAAAUCGUGAGGCUCUGGGAACCAUUAUCUUCUCCCAGCCAGAGAAGCGGCAGCUGCUGAACUCCAUCACCCACCCGGAGAUCCAGAAGGAGAUGCUGAAGCAGAUCUUGAAGUACUUUGUGUUAGGCUACCGCUACGUGAUCCUCGACAUCCCUCUGCUCUUUGAGACCAACAGACUGACCAAGUUUAUGAAAUACACGGUGCUGGUUUAUUGCAGCCCCCGGGCGCAGCUCUCCCGGCUGAUGCAGAGGAAUGGGCUGUCCCAGGAGGAGGCAGAAGCUCGCAUCCGCUCCCAGCUCCCGCUGGAUGAGAAGCGCAGGUUUGCAACUCACAUCAUCGACAACUCCGGCGAGCGGGAGAGCACCCGCCGGCAGGUCCUGCGGCUCCAUAGCCACCUCGAGGAUUCCCUGGAUUUCCUCUGGGCACGGCUGGCAGCGGGCACGGUUGUGGCUGGGCUCGGAGGGCUCAUGUACCUCCUCCUCCGGCAUUUCAGCUCUUAGUUCACCUUCUCUUUUUGUCGUGCAAGAGGCCUGAAUUUCCAGGUUUGAAAAGGCCACUGAAAGGCCACCUCUUCUAAUGAGCUUUGCCAGCUGAAUGCAGACAGUGGGAUGAGGUGUCUCCUUGCAGCCUACCCAAGGUGAACGUAGGGGGGUGUCUUCAGCACCAUCACCCCUCUGCUUUCCCUUCCCCUUGCGUGGCUGUGGCCAGGGGAGGGGACGAGCCCCUUGUUUUCCCCCUCCUGCGUCUCUAUGGUGGGACUUCAGUGAAUUUAGGCACUUUAAUGUCUUCCAGGACAAUCUUUACCAGUCUUCCAAUACCUAAAGGGGGCCCACAAGGAAUCUGGAGGGAUUUUUUACAGGGGAAUGUAGUGGCAGGACAAGGGGGAAUGGUUUUAACCUGCCAGAGGGGAGAUUGAGAUGAGCUCUGAGGCAGAAGCUCUUCCCUGUGAGGGUGCUGAGGCGCUGGCACAGGGUGCCCAGAGAAGCUGUGGCUGCCCCAUCCCUGGCAGUGUUCAAGGCCAGGUUGGACACAGGGGCUUGGAGCAACCUGCUCUAGUGGAAGGUGUCCCUGCCUGUGGCAGGGGUUGGAACUGGAUGAGCUUUAAGCUCCCUUCCACCACAAGCCAGUCUGGGAUGUGUGAAUCUCUUCACUGGGGGAGUAGGUGGCUUCUCAGAUGCUGUUUCUCCUAGUGGGUGUCCCCAGGUUGAUCCCCUCCUAGCUCGCAGCCCCAGCUGGUCUGCAUUUAGACAUGGAAUUCCCCCUUCUUUCACACUGAUUUCAUGGAAAUAUGCUCAAUCCCCGGGGGGUGACAGCCAGCACCUCUUUUCACACGGGCUGGGUGUUCAGCCGGCCGCUCACCCUCCUUCCUGCCCCCUAUUUCUGCCUUCAUCCCUUGUGGCUCCCCCUUGGCACUGGUUGAGGGUCUGAUUCAUCCCCGGAGCAGGCUGAGAGCUGGGCUCUGCCUUGUUAAAGCUCAUUUAGCGCUGUUUGAGCUCGCCGGCAGCGGCAGCGUGCCCGCGGGGACCUCCAGCCUGGGCUCCUCACAUUUGUUUUAAUAAAGUGCUAACCAGCAGCCGGCUCCCUGCAGCUCCACAACCUGUGGGCUGCCAGCGCUGCUCUUUUCCUGG